GGCACCCACAGCCUCGCUACCCGCGGAUCCUCACGGGACGCCAGCACCCACCAGCAUCUCCAGCAGCGAAGAGUAACGCGGCGCACUUGAAUUAAUGUUCCCCCUCGCACCCCUGCCUGUGGCACAGGGGGAAAAAAGGUUCCGGCAGCUGCCUUUGCAGCAGUGUGGGGAGUACACGAGGUUUGGGUCUGGAGACGGGAGAAGGUGCGAGAGAAACGCACUAAAAGGAAAAGCAGUGAAUUUGGCACAAGACACGAAUCAGAAACCAACAACAGAAAACAGAGACCUCCACCACGAAACAACGCUUAUGACACCAACUCCAACAACAACAUCGGGAACCACCGUCGCAGGGACUAUGUUUCCGGGCAGGAGUAUGAAGCCGCAGCCGGCGCCCUCCGACUGCGCAGCCGCAAUGGAUGACUUCCCUGAAGAAUCCACCUGCGACACCAGGACAAACACCAGACCCUGGCUCAGGAACAGCCAGAGUAGUUUCUUCAUGGAGAUUUACAAAAUAACUUCGGGCCCUCUGCACAAAAAGAAUAAAUUAAUGUGGUUACACCCUUCUGAAUAUCCUCCUCUUUGUAACUCUCAUGAGCGACACAGCAACAAAGCGUUCAUCAUCUUUGGAGAAGAAGAAGGAUCUAGCACGUUCUGGACAUUCAGCAUGGGAAGAGAGGACAGCGAUGACUCCUGGCUGUCACUGCUGGGGCUCCUGCUCCCUGAUUGCUGGGAGCUAGAGGAGGACAGCGAUGACUCCUGGCUGUCACUGCUGGGGCUUCUGCUCCCUGAUUGCUGGGAGCUAGAGGAGGACAGCGAUGACUCCUGGCUGUCACUGCUGGGGCUCCUGCUCCCUGAUUGCUGGGAGCUAGAGGAGGACAGCGAUGACUCCUGGCUGUCACUGCUGGGGCUUCUGCUCCCUGAUUGCUGGGAGCUAGAGGAGGACAGCAAUGACUCCUGGCUGUCACUGCUGGGGCUCCUGCUCCCUGAUUGCUGGGAGCUAGAGGAGGACAGCGAUGACUCCUGGCUGUGA